CCUUAAUGUAGAAUGAGGGUAGACAGGGUAAAGGAAGAACUGGAGUCAGAGGAGAAGGGAAGAGUGGAAAGAUGGAGGAGCCAGCAGUGUGCUCACCCAAUAAUUAUCCACUUGGUGUUUAGCAUUAGCCAGGAACCAGGAACCCGACUCUACUCGCCCACCCCCCCCACACACACACACACGCGGCGUCCUAUCCACAGGCCGCAGGUAGGCUUUCAUCACACAGGCUCAAGUUACCUACCGCAUAUAAGCUAACCAGGCCAGGUGAGCGCGAACACUGGUCCUCGCCAGACCUCUCGAUUCCUUACAACCACACACACGUCACACACACUCCAGUGGACACGCAGAAUGGAGCCAGAGUCAGACAGCAUGCCGGAGGUACCAGAGGAGAUCCUACAUAUGCUCCAUUUCCAGCCAGCACCAGGUCAGUUUGGUCCAGAGAUCCGUGAGCCAGGCCUCCGAGUAUGGAGGGUGGAGAAGAUGAAGGCGGUGCUGCUGGAUCCCUCCGAGGUGGGAGCCUUUUAUAACGGGGACUCCUAUCUGGUGCUGGAGAAUCGUGGUCAGUUGGGAGCCGACCUCCACAUGUGGAUAGGUGAGAAGUCGUCUAGGGACGAGCAGGUGGCGUGCGCCAUGCUGGCCACGCAGCUGGACAACUUUCUGAGCGGUGACCCCAUUCAGCACAGGCAGGUCCAGGGCUACGAGUCCCCGGAGUUCAUGGCUCUCUUCCCCAGAGGAGUCAGCUACAAGGUGGGUGGUGUGGAGUCGGGCUUCAGGAGGCCUCAGGGUUCCGCGGCAGUGCAGAGGUUGUACCAGAUCAAAGGGAAACGCAAUAUCCGUGCCAAGGAGGUGGAGCUGUCCUGGAGCAGCUUCAACAAAGGAGAUUGCUUCAUCCUAGACCUGGGAGAGACCAUUGUGUCGUGGAUCGGGUCGCAGGCUAACAUCUUUGAGAAGCAAAAGGUGCGUGAGAUCGCCUCACUCAUUCGUGACACAGAGAGACACGGUAAAGCCCGAAUCGUCGACAGCAAUGAAGGGGAGGAACCGGAGGAGAUGCUCAAGGUCCUGGGACAGAUGCCUCAGCUGGCAGAGAGUACACCAGAAGAGGACAGCAAAGCAGACGCUUCCAACUCUGCCUCACUCUACCAUGUGUCUAAUGCGACAGGUUCCAUGAAGACGACCAAAGUGUCGGAGAAGAGCCCAUUUGCCAAGGAUCUGCUGGUUCGUGAUGACUGCUUCAUUCUCGAUAACGGCGCCAACGGAAGGAUCUUUGUCUGGAAAGGUAACGGAGCAAAUGCUGAGGAGAAGCAGGUGGCCCUACAGAUGGCGGAUGACUUUAUCGAACAAAUGAAGUACCCCAAGAUGAAAACACAGGUGGAGAUACUGCCACAGGGGAAGGAGACCAUACUCUUCAAGCAGUUCUUCAAGAACUGGAACUAAAACAUGUCAUGGGUAUAUCUGACAAAUCCUGCACGUAAGAAAAAGAAGCUGUAUAUCUGAAAACAGACAGCAUCUGAUACAAAACAUUUUUUUUUAAAUGCAUUUACAUGUAUGUACAUAUUUGUAAGGUACCAUGCUGACACAGCACGCUGAAGCUUGUUUUGAGAUUGGUAAAAUAAGAGAUGUGAUGCCACUUUUAUAAAUGCAAAGUUUCUUCUGUUGAGGUUAUUAAGGUUUUAGAGUAAA